AUGGCUACCCCAAUGCGCAACCCAAAAGACUCCAUGAAGUCAACUUGGCGUUCUUGGGAUCAUUCAGAAUGGACCUUCUUCCACUGGUUCCUUGAUUAUUUGAAUGUGCAUCAUCUUGAUCUGAAUGAGGAAGUACCCGUUCAUCAAAAGACCGAAAGAGUACCUUAUGCUCCAGAACUUCAGUUCCACCGCUGGGUCCUCACCUAUGCCCUCAUCCCACUCGUCCUUCAUCAACUCUAUGUGACCUUCGUCGGCUAUCCUCCGGCCUGGCUAGCGUUUGUCUUCUACAGUGUGGCUCUAGAACUCAUUGCCGUGAAAGAGACGCAUAUACUCCGUCGUGUCGGUCACAAGAUCGGGUUCUUCGACGGAGACAAGCACGCCCGCGACGGUGUCCCCGAUGUCGGUGUCAGCAAAACUGCUUGGAGCCUUUUAGCCGUCAUCGCUCUCCGUCCUAUGUUGACCGUCUUCCUCGCCUACCGCACCGAUGAAGCCCCAUCCUCUAUUCGAUGGGGAUGGCUCAUCUUCGAGACUGGCAUGUACCCCCUGGCCAUCGACUUCUGGUACUACAUCAUGCAUCGAUCGGCACACGAAGUAGAGCACCUCUGGCAAUUCCACCGCACUCACCACCUGACCAAACACCCGAAUCCUCUGUUGACUGCCUAUGCGGACACCGUUCAGGAGUUCAUUGACGUCAUCGGCACACCUUUCCUCGCGUACAGCUCACUUAAACUCUUGGGAUUCCCCAUGGGCUUUUAUGAGUGGUGGAUCUGUCAGCAAUACGUCGUCUUCACGGAAGUCCUUGGUCACAGUGGUUUGCGUAUGAUUGCCACGGCAGUCAACCCCUGGACGUGGCUGCUCCGACUGUGCGAUAUGGAGCUUGUGAUCGAGGAUCACGACCUCCACCACCGCAAGGGCUGGAAAAACAGCCACAACUACGGCAAGCAGACUCGGGUGUGGGAUCGAUUGUUCAAUACGUCGAUUCCUCGUAUCGAGGGACAUGCCGACAACAUCGAUUAUGUCAACACAGCGGAAAUCCCGCUGUUUUAA